AACCAAUUUGGGACCAAGUGAGCGUGUCCCAGUUCCGUGAUCAUCGCUCAGCUAUAGGGUUUGCGCUGAGGCUGGACCGCCUCCCCCCCCUACAAUGGAGAGCCUGACUCCGAGACGCUCUCCUCCGGCCUCCGUCUCCUCAGCUGCAGGGCUUUGGUUCUCCGAUUGAGAACAGAGGGAGGCUUGGCCCACAUAACCUACAGAUGUGACCUUUUCGGUGCACUUGACUUCCAGAGGGCUUAACGGAAGGAGGUGGGCUCAGCGGAGCAGCAGCAGCAGCAGUGUGAAGGUGUCGGCGGGCCGUCUUUUGGCUGCAUCGACCUCCAGGCCGGGGGUGAAGGGAGGCUGGCUGGAACGUGCCCUGCCGCAAGCCGGGCGAGGAUGAGGCGUUUCCUGAGCAGAAAGGGCCGCUUCUCCCUGCGCCAGAGCAAGUCUGGAACCCGGAGUGCCUCCAAAGAUUUCUACCUCGGCCUCCCGGCCACCAAUCAGAACUGGCCUGAGGCCUUCGGCUUCCGCCUGGGUGGCACUGGGCCCAGCUACAUCCUGUCAGUGGUGGAGGGCAGCAGUGCGUACCUGGCCGGCCUGCAGCCGGGGGAUCAGGUGGUGGACAUCGAGGGCCAGGACGUGACCAACCUCAGCACGCCAGCGCUGGUCGCUCUGGCUCAGACCCUGAAGACGGUGCCCCCCAGCAUCGGAGUGGUGUCGCGGAUCGAGCAGAUCGACGUCGCUCCCGGCCCGGACGGCCGGUUCGGCUUCACCAUCGUCGGCGACAGCCCUCUGAUCGUGGAGGACUGCAUGCCCAACGGGCCGGCUGGCCGCAAUGGCCUCAAGGCCGGCGACUACGUCAUAGAGGUCAACGGCAUCCCGGUGAAGCAUCACGAAACGGCAGCAGCCAUGAUCAAAGCAGCUCAGGGUCGGCCGCUCCAUCUGGGCGUGCUCAGCAUGGCCCGGCGGCCCAAGCGGCUGAGCAGCAGCAUGAGGGUGCUGUCGCAGAGCGGGGACAGCAUUCGGGAGAGCCGCGCCCACAAGGCCAUGGAGUUCAACAAGAAAGUGGAAGAAGUGCUGGGGGAGGAGCCAGAUGUGAAGGAACAGCUGUUUGAGGUGCUCAAGCAGUACGCCGCUGAGAGGGAUGUGGACAGUCUGGCCGAGGCGCUGCCCGACAUCUUGAUCACAGAGGAGCACCAACAGCUGAUCGACAGUGUCAGGAUCUUCAUUCCCAAGAAGCACCGGGAGCGUUUUGACGAGGUGGUUUCCCAGAGUCUGAUGAGUCGGAUCAAAGGGCGCAGCUUCAGUGACCCGAGCCGCAGCCACCUUCGACGCAGCCGGAGCGAGGAUCACCCCGAGCGCCUUCUGGUUUCCACCCGCGCCAGUUCAGUGCCGCGUACCCAAGCAGAGGAAGGCGUGGUCCCACCCGCCCGCGGCAUGCGCAAGACCACCUCCCUCAUAGCUGGUCACUCCGGCGGCAACACCACCAACUGCAGGACAGUGAGAGUGUGUAAGGGUAACAACAGUUUUGGCUUUACUCUAAGAGGCCAUGCUCCAGUGUGGAUUGACUCUGUCAUCCCUGAAAGCCCAGCUGACAAGGCAGGUCUAAAGCCAGGAGACCGCAUCCUGUUUCUCAAUGGACUGGACAUGAGAACGUCGUCCCAUGAGAAGGUGGUGUCCAUGCUCCAGGGCAGUGGCGCCAUGCCCACCUUGGUUGUGGAGGACGGUCCGCCUUCCUUCACGCUGGCGGAGCAGGACCUGGCGGGCGGCGGUCUCCCCACAGAGUGUGCCCGCUCCCCUGUGCUCAGCUCCCUGCAGUGGGUGGCAGAAAUUCUCCCGCCCAGCAUCCGGGUCCAAGGCCGCACCUUCGGACAGCAGCUGGAACACCUGCUGACCAUCCAGGAGAAGUACACCAUCUGCAAGGCUCUGGAGAACUUCUUCCAGCACAGAGACGUAGACACUCUGAUCGUGGAUGUGUUCCCGGUGCUGGAUACUCCAGCCAAACAGGUGAUCUGGCAGUUUGUCUACCAGCUGCUGACGUACGAGGAGCAGGAGCAUUGCCAAAGCAAGAUCUCACGCUUUCUUGGAUACAAAGCGCCAGUUCCACCACCACCACCACCACCUCCUCCUCCCCCUCCUCCUCCGGAGAGCGAUGUUGCCCCCGAGCCACAUCGACGUAGCAGCUCCAUGAGGGUGACAGGGACCACGUACAGGAGCAGUGUGAGGGGACGUAGCUCUGAUGACCUGGUCAUUGGCACACACAUGGGCAUGGGCCUCCGUGUAGAGACAUUGAUGGAGACGGGUAUGCGUUUGGCUCCAGGCGAGAGACAGUCAGGAGACGGUACUUCCCUUCCCGAGACUCCUAAUAACCUCACCAAUCUGUCAGCAGUGUACGCUGAACUGGAGAACAUGUACUCGAGCAAGAGGUCCAAGUCUCUGAAGAGUCGUCCUCCUCCCACCCCCGAGAGUUUUCUGGAUCUGGAACGUCCCUCGCGCACAGCCUCCCCGACAAUACAUGCGAACACAGGCGGUCGAAAAGGCCCCCCGCUCCCUACAUGCUGGCCAGAGCCCCUCCCCAGCCCCCCCCAGUCCCAUUUCUAUUCGUCGGGGUUAACGAGCCAGGACAGUGGGGAGUCCAACCCCUACAUCAGCCUUGACAGUCCCCCUCUGUCACCCCCAGAGCUCCCCGACUACCCUUCCACUCCCCCCGGGGUCCGCAGCAACAAGCGGCGUUACACCUUCUCCAAGCCCCCUCGCUCAGAAGACACAGAUCGCUUUCUAGACGCAUUGAGCGAGCAGCUGGGACAGAGGGUGGCCAUAAUUGAUGACUUUCUGACACCGGAAAACGACUAUGAGGAGGAUGUUGUACAGAUGGGCUUCCCAGAUGAAGAGGAUGAGGAUAUGGAAGAGGAUUUGGGGGGGGACGAAGAUGGACAUGGAGGAUUCAUUGCCCCAGAGCUCAGCAGUCCAAGUGACGCUCACAGCAGCAGUGGAGAAGAGAACGCCUCCUCCCUAACCUACUCAUCCUCCUCCGACCACAUCCCUCCACCCCCGAUGACCCCUCCGCCGCCCCCACCUGUUCAGAUCAACGAAACUCCUUCUCCACCUCCACCACCCGCACAGACUCAGACUCAGUCUCAGCAACAGCAGCAACAGCUUAGCUACACCCCUGAACACUCCCCAAGAGCAUACGUGCCCGUCCGCCGCAAAUCUAGCCCUCCUCCCCCACCUCCGCCCCGCAAUAAUCUACCACCUAAACGGCACUCUUUACAUAAAGUGCUGCCCAAAAGAGACGACCUUCAGGUCCACGCUACCAUACAAGAGCUGAAAGCUUUUCAAGAGAAACAAGCGUACCAGGAAAGACAAUCUUAUGCAGAUCAACAACAAGCAUUUAAGGAGAGACAGGCGUAUGAGGAGCAGAAAGCUUAUGAGGAGCAACAACUGUUCCAAGAGCAGCAGGACUUCCAGGAACAGCAGGCCUUCCAGGAGAAACUUUUCAAGGAGAGACAGGCUUACGAAGAGCAGAAGGCGUAUGAGGAGCAAAAAGCUUUUGAAGAGCAGCAGUUGUUCCAGGAGCAACAAGCCUACCAAGAAAGGCAAGCGUAUGAGCAGCGCCAAGCUUACCAAGAACAAAAGGCAUUCGAACAGCGUCAAGCCUACAAGGAGCAAAAAGCACUUGAGGAGCUGGAAGCCUACCAGGAGCAAAAAGCUUAUGAAGAGCUUAAAGCAUACGAGGAGCGUCAGGCUUAUGAGGAGCAACAAGCAUUUGAAGAGCAACAGAUUUACCAGAGCCACCACUCCAUGCCUAGUCAGCCAACACAGCAGAAAGCCCACUCGCCGCUGCCUCCCCAGCAGCUCCACCAGUCUUUACCUCCGCUCCCGUCUCCAGACUCCUCCCAUCAGCACCCUAACCAUCCGCUGUAUAUGAUGCGUCAAGCACAGGCCCACCAGAGUCAGCACCGCCGACGUCUGUCCCGGUCAGCCCCAUCUCCACACCAGGCGUCGCCCCAACCGUCAACCCACCCAAGCCAACACGGCCAAUAUGCUGAGGGCAUCUACCAAAGCCAUCAGGCCAUGAGACCCCAGGCCCACCAUUCCUCUUCGGAGAUGCUCAACAAGAUGCCCCAAGCACCAGCCCAUCACGCUUCCAUCGAGAUGCUGCAUCAGUUGCAGCAGUCCCAGGCCCACCAUUCUUCUACAGAGAUGCUCCAGCAGAUGCAACAUGUCCAAGCUCACUUUUCGUCAUCAGAGAUGCUCCCCCAAAUGCACAAAAGCAAAGCCCAUCAUUCCUCAACAGAAGUUCUGCACCAAGGUCAGCAGAUGCUGCAGAUGCAGCCCCACCACUCCUCAGCCGAAGUUCUCCACCAGGGUCAUCAGAUGCAUCGUGGACAACCUCACCAUUCAUCCAAUGAGCUGCUCCAUCAGGUGCACAAGCCCCAAGCCCAUUACUCCUCCACAGAGCUCCUCCAUCAAGCCCAGCAGAUGCACCAAACCAAGUCCCACCAUUCCUCUACAGAGCUUCUGCAUGAAGCCCAGCAGGAGCCUGCCUCCCUCCCUUUUCACCUAAACCGGGACAGCCACUCCCAUCAGAGUCGAAAAAGUGUUAAAGGUCCUCAUCAGUCCCAUGUGUCUCCGCAAGGGAGACACCAAGAACAGCAGACACACCAAACCCAUCACCCCCAGCCCACCAAACCCUCUCCCCAAAGACCCCACUCCAUCCAGCAGACUCACCAUCACUCCAGCUCACCUCAGAUCCACCACAUCCACCACAUGACCCCACAGCCACUUCCGCAGGAUUACCAACCCCAGAUCCAUGUAAUCCACCCUCCCCAGCAGCCCCACAGGCCCCAGCCUCUUCUUUCCACCUUUCAGCCGCUCCAGCCGCACCCGCUGACCCUCUCCUCUUUCCAGCCACUGCCCCAACACCACCAACCACAGCACCAGAUCCAUCCCUCCACCCAAGCCACUCGCUCGCAGUCCCAGCCCUCACAUCACCUGCUGCAGCAGCAACACCAGCCCCUAACCCAGGCCCACCACAAGCAAUCCCAUGGCCAGAGCCAGCCCCAAUCGCUGCCGCACUCGCUGUCUGACCCUUCGGAGCACCUGGAGCCCCCUCCGCCUCCGCCCUUGCCCCCACCCUGCACGCCACCACCCUUGCCCAGGCCUUCGCUCUCCAGGAUGGACUCCAACCACAUGAGUGUGAAGAGGUUACGCUGGGAGCAGGUGGAGAACUCAGAGGGCACUAUCUGGGGACAGUUGGGGGCAAAUUCCGACUAUGAAAAACUGCACGACAUGGUGAAGUAUCUGGAUCUGGAGCUGCACUUUGGGACACAGAAGAGCUCCCUGACUGCUCCGGAGUCAUCGCUGACAGAAACCUUCAGAAAGAAAGACGUGAUUGAAAUCCUGUCUCACAAGAAAGCCUAUAACGCCUCCAUCCUGAUCGCACACCUAAAGCUGUCUCCCGGUGAGCUGCGCCAGGUGCUGAUGAACAUGGUCACUGACAGGCUGGAGCCGGCCCACCUCAAGCAGCUGCUGCUGUACGCCCCGGACGCCGAAGAGGUCAAAAAGUACGAAGGUUACAGGCAGGACCCCAGCAAGCUCAGUGAGCCUGACCAGUUUGUGUUGCAGUUGUUAUCAAUACCAGAGUACAAGACCCGCCUGCAGUGCCUCCUCUUCAAGUGCUCUCUACAGGAGAAGACGGAGGAGUUGAGGGGAGCGCUCGACUGUCUCUACAAGGCUUCGGUGGAACUGAAGACGAGCAAGAAGCUCGCCAAAAUACUAGAGUUUGUGCUGGCGAUGGGGAACUACUUGAAUAACAGCCAGCCUAAAACCAACAAGACUACUACAGGCUUUAAGAUCAACUUCCUUACGGAGUUGAGCACAACUAAAACAGUCGAUGGGAAGUCGACAUUUCUGCACAUUCUGGUCAAGUCGUUAUGUCAUCACUUCCCUGAUGUCUUAGAUUUUUCCAAAGAUUUAACUAUGGUUCCUCUCGCAGUCAAAGUAAACCUGAGGAUUAUCACGUCUGAUCUGAAUGACCUCGAUGCGACCAUCAAGGACAUUCGCUCAGCUUGUCAGAAGAUGCCUGCGAGCGCUGAGGACCGCUUUGCUGUCGUCAUGAGUAACUUUCUGGAAAACAGUCAUCCAGCUGUCCAGUCCCUUGAGUCCCUGCAACAGAGAGCUUUGGAGGAAUUCAACAAAACUGCCUCUUACUUUGGAGAAGACGGCAACACCACAAACACUGAGGCUUUCUUUGGUAUCUUUGCCCAAUUCAUCGACAAGUUUGAGAGAGCUCUUCACGAUCAGCAAGCUGCAGAAAAUCAGAAGAGCCCCAGAAGUCCACGAUUGGCCUCCCCACUCGCCUGGUAACACACACACACACACACACACACACACAUAGAGAUGACAUAGUUCAUCCACAUAUUCUGUAUUUACAUGCACAAAGGCAUAAAGCACAAAUUCUGGGCAAAACAUUUUAUAUAUUCAUUUAUUUUGGGUGGUAAUGUCAUGAGGCACAAAUAUAUAAACUUUGCAAAGCGUAAUGCAAGUUGUAUUGUAAAUCAUGUGUAUCCUUCCCCACUGAAAGUUGUUGUUGGUCUAAAUCUUGAUGAUUGGAACUGCUGUGUAGAGAACAAGCUUGUCUGACCGUCAGCAGAUCUCCACCGUUUGGAAGUCGCUCAUUAACAUCCUGUAGUUGAAGAUUUCUUUUUCUAAGCCUGAGUGUUUGUGUGCUGCUACAAUUCUACACUGAUGUAUUUCUUGAAUAUACACUAUUAAGACAUAGAUUUAGACAAUUCUAUUUGAGCCUGAAAUAGACAUUACAUUAAAAUAUAUUCACAUUCUCUUGGUGGUUUCAAAAAAACUAAAACAAAAGCAGUUAGUUUCAUGUUUCUGUAUUUCUGUAAGCACAUUGAAUGUGACAUAACUUCUUUACUGACAAAGUUUAGCGUAAAUCCUCAUUGAGCUCUCUUGUCCUGGUGAUUUAAUUAACUUACACCAGAUCUUCCAUUCAAUUUCUUCUUUAUUAAUUUUAACUUCAAGCGUUAUUAACAUGUAUAUAUGAAACAACAUUAUUGUUUUUAUACAUGUGAACUGUUCCAAAGUUCAACUUGAUCUGGUGUGCACUAAGUGUAGGUAGUAGAAGUGGGAUUAUGUGGACCUAAAAGUGGGCAGUGUGCAAUAUGUGAAUGUAUAACUGUAUGGAUAUUAUACUACAUAUUACAAUACUAUAUAAAACUUUAACAGAAAUAUAUUGUGUUUGUACUGUACAGAAUGAGAGUGGAUUUAAAGGAAACCGAUGUAGAUGCUACUGUAAAUAAAGCACUUUGUUACUUUUAUGUUUUACCUAAAUAUUUAUUUUAUUGAUGUGUCAUAUGGAGCAACGAUAAUUAUAGUAUCUUGUAGCAGAGGCAGCAUGUUACAUGCAUAUGGUGAAUAACACGACUUUUAGGACGUGCUAGUGAUCCGCAAGUGAUCAUUUUUAAUUUUAAGGCAAAUGUUAUGAUCAUAAUGUGUGCAGCAAACACGUUGUUUUCUGCUUAAAAUGUAAAGUGUUUAACUCCAAAGCAUUACCGUCCAUUUAAUGCAUAGUGUCAUGUCUGUAUUUUGUAUAAGAAUGCUACAAAGAAUGAAAUAAAAUCUACUUUUGCCCUGGA